GCAUGCUCACGUGGUUGCUUAGCCCGCCGCGUCUUUUCGUUACUGUGUUGACUGAUUUGAUUCAAACACCUGUAAGAAAUGGAAUCUGAUACAGAUAAACCAUCUAAGAAAGAAAUUCACAAGCAUAAACCAGUGAAAAAAAUUUCUGUACCGAAAGGAAGUUCUAAAAUCAAGCAGACUCAAGAUGACAUGUACAGUGAGAGAAUAUUGACAGAUGAAAUCUUAGACCCAAAUCCACAUGGAGCUGUGGGUGAUGUGGAAAAACAAAGCAUCUUAACUGAAGAAUUACGAGAAAGAGUGAGAGGAAGACUGAGGAGCUGCAAGGUGGAAAGUUCUGCCCAUUUGGAAGGCUCAUCUUCUUUCUCAGAACGCUUGAAGCAACUCAGAAAGAAGUCGUGUGCAAAAUAUGGAAACCAAACUAUUCAAGAAGAAACAUCAUCUGAGAAACAUCGUUUUGAUACUAAAGAAUACCAAGAGAACCUUGAGGUGAUAAUGGAGACUCAGAAUGAAACCUGCGUAGAUGAGGGCUUUACGUUUUUUACUUCAUCAUUUGAAGAACUCUCCAAGGUAAAAGAGACAGAUCAGGAGAGUGAAAAGAAUUCACUGAAAGAUGAUCCUCAAAGCCUCUGUGAUUUGAACAAAGAAGUCCUGCUGCUUGACCAGGUGAAAGAAAUAUUGAUGCCAGAAUUGCUUGAAGUAAAGCCUCCUGAAUAUGAAUGGAGCAUUUUAGACAAGAAAAAGCAAUCUGAGUCGCUUUUUGUACCAAGCAGUUCCCCAGUUGUGCAGAGCAGUCAGCUACCCAGCAAUAUGUUGCCACGACUCUUAGAAGAUGAAGGAUUUUACAUUCCAAAAAAGCCUUUUGUACCUAGCAAAACAUACCAUAAAAUGGAAAAUCGUCUUCUACAACAAGCAGAGGGGAAAAGCUGGUUUGAAGAAAGUGGAAAAAUAAUUUCAUUACCGUCUCCAAUCAAGUGGUCGAGCAGUUGCCGAGUGUUUUUUUCUGCUGACACACAGUUGAAGACAAUGUACAGGAAGCUCAGAGCAUUAGUAAAUGCCACAAAAGUAGCAGAAAGUAAUUUAGAAGCAAGCCAACUCAGCACUAAAACUUUAGAGGACUACAGAUCGCAAAUAAGAAAUACUAAAAAGUUACAUGACAUAGAACGUCAAAGAGAUAGUUCUUUGAAACAAAAUAUGUUGAAAGUGUGGAAGCAAAUAAAAUCUGCACGUCAACAGCAAGGAUUUACCAGUACAACUAUAAAACUGCAGUUUCAAAAGAUAACAAAAAACUUUGAAUCAGAUGAAUACACACCUAAAGUAGCUGAACAAGAGAUCCGGCAAGAAAAAGAGGAAAAUGAUAUCAAGUCGUCAAACAAAAUCUUAACAUGGAAAAUGAAUAAGGGAUGCUUGGACCCAACUCCUUUUUUAAGCUCUGCAGACUCCAAAGAGAUAAAUGAACCACUGUUCAUACCAUAUCUUACCUUCACGACCGAAAUAACACCCUCUUACAUGUGUCCCCUUGUUGAACAAAAAAGAAGAGCAAAAGUCAAAACACAGAAGUACUUUAUUAAAAUAUAUUACAACAAUAAAUUGGUCUCAUGUACAUCAGAAACUUCUUUUCACCAGGACUUCAAAGUAAUAUUUCAGCAAAUUUUCAAAAUUCAAGUAUUAAAUUGGCCUGAAGAACUUCGAUUAGAGGUCUUUGAAUCAAAUAAAAGGACAACGUUGUUGGCAAAAGUAUACUUACCCCCACCAAACACGUUUAUAUUGAAAAACAAAGAUGUUCUAGAUGAGGCAGAGUUUAGCUGUGAAUGGCAAGUUAAGCCUUCAUUCGGUGCAGUGGGCAGCAAUGUAUCUUUUUUCCUCAACGAAAAUGAAAUGGAAGAAUUAUGUCUUCUGAUAACUGGAAAAGUAAUGUAUUCUUUAUCUUGGGCAACUGAUGACAGAGGCCUUCCUUUAGCUCCUACAUUUCAACCUGCACAUUUUGCCUGCAACAGUAUACAAAGAAAUAUAGAGGCAAGAAAAGGAACUGCAAUGUUAUGGCAUUCUGACAUGCAAAAGCUUAUUGACUGGGCAAAACAAAUCAACAUUGAUCCUAAUGACCCUGAGUGUUCAGACCUGAUUGAGCUAAUUAUGUAUGCAAAAUCCCAAGAGCAAAGCGACUCAAUCUGCUUUCGCCUUGAACAGCUGCAAGAAGAAUUUGACUUUGUUACUGCAGAAGAGAUUAGAAAAUGUAAACGUUUCCAGCUGUUGCAGUUGAGAAACUCAGGACAGUUAGAUUUCUUUCCUUUUCAGCAAAUUCCUUUGUGUGAGAAAGAGAUACCAGACAUAGUCUUCCAGGAACAUGGAGGGCAAUUAAAGGAAGAUGUAUUGAUGACCGAUGUAGAUGUUAUUUCUGUGCAAAGGAAUAGUUCUGCCUGCUUAAUUAGGAAGAUGAGAAAACGAAUUACAAAACAAAUCAUAAAUAUCAGACAUAAAUAUAAUUUAUCAGAUAUAGUGAAUGAUUUUGAAGAAAUUAUAUCCAUGAGCCAAUUGAGGAAUGUAAUUUUCAAGCUUGGUGAACGCAGAAGACAUUUGAAGCCACAAAGGAAAGAGAGACGGAAGAUUCCAGCACAGGCUGUCUCUGAUGGAGAUGUUAAACUUCUUGUCAGAAUAUUAAGAGCAUAUAAUAUUCCUGCAAGAAAGGCAGCAGCAACUAAGUCUGAAGUUGUUCAUUCACAAGAUUACUUGGUGAAUCGAAUGUUCCAAAGCAGGCAUUUGUUGGCAGGGAAGUCACCCAAUACAGCCGAUCCUUUCACUGAGGUGGCUGUUCACCCUUUCGUUGAAGUUUCUUUCCAGAACACAGUUUAUCAGACAAGCACCGCUGAUGGAUCUCACCCAUGUUGGAAUGAAGAACUUCAAGUUGAUUUUAUCUCUCCAGGACGUGAUUAUACUUUUUCAGGGUUAUCUAAAAUAAAAGACAACAUAUACAUUAACAUUUUUGACGAAUUUAUGAUGGAAAAUCAUGAGGUUGGCUGUCCGAAGGGCUGCAGUGGGCAUUCCUUUCUGAGAAAGAGUUGGCUUGGAUCUAUUAUGUUUCCUUUCUCUGCCCUACUGGAACAAUCAAAGAUUAGUGGCACAUUUCAAGUAAAUAUGCCGCCAGUUUUGCUUGGAUAUACUUGGAGUAAAACGUAUGUACCUCCUAAAGAAGAAUGUUACAGGCAGAAUUUGAAAGAAUAUACUUUUCUAACUAUCUUUGCCACUAUUGAACCGCAACUAUCUUCUGCUGAAGAUAACACUGAAACUGAUAAGCUUACAGAUCAUGAAGAUGAAUUGCUUUUGCAAAAAGCAUGCAUUUUUAAGAAAACGUGCAAGGCAUUAUUUCCAAAGAGGAGAAUAAUAACCUCUAUUUUUAACAAUGAAGGAAGAAAUAUUUUAGUAACAAAGUAUAUAACCUCUCUUAACCCACCACAGCAGUUGCUAGAUAUGUAUUCUACAGAUCUUAAUUCAACAGCUGACCUUAUAUCUCGAUUUGUGUCUUUAAUUCCUUGUAUACCAGACACAGUGGAUGAAAACAAUGAGGUUGAUGUUUGGAUUACAGCAGAGCAUUGUAUCAAUUUGGGUGUUGGUAAUAAAGAAGAGCAUGCUGUGCUUCUCUGUAAUUAUUUUAUCUAUAUUGGGAAGAAAUCAUGGGUGUUGAUGGGAUCUUCUGUGUUAGAAGGAAACGUGGCUUAUGUGCUAACACAGGAAAAUGGAGAAUAUUUUCUGUGGAAUCCAUUGAGUGGCCAGUGCUAUAAGCAGUUUGAUGCAUUUUGCCCCUUGCAGAGUAUAGAUUGCUUAAUCAGUUGGGAAAAUGUCUGGUUCAACAUACAACAAAAUAAUUCACCAAUGUAUGUUAGUUUUGACAUUUCAAAGGAAGGUUUUUGGAAACAGUUUCUUCCCUACAAUUUUCAGCAUUCAAAAACACAGACUGUACAGCCAGAAGAGAUAUUUUAUGCUCCUACUAAUGAAAGUUUGGUAGAAGAGCUACAGAACAGGAUUGAAAAGACUUUAAAGAACAAAAUGAUGGAAUGGCGAUCCCAACUGCCAACCCGCUGGCAUCGACAGUGUACCAAUAUCUUACGACAAAGUCUUCCUAAACUGGAAUUAAGAAGCAGAGGUAUUGCUACAGAUAAAGAAGAAACUGAUUUGGAGGCUCUUCUAGAACAUUAUUGGGUUACAGGCUUUCCAAUCCAGAUGCCAUAUCAAAAUGUGCGAUCAGUAAUUGAGGCUGUUUUUCAGACUGGAAUUCAUUCUUCAGAGGUUCCCAACACAGAAUUUGCCCUUGCUGUGCAUAUCUAUCCUUAUCCAAAUAACAUACUAUCUGUCUGGAUCUACUUAGUGUCUUUGGUUCGUCAUAAGUAAUCAUACAUAAACCUCUUCUGGAGUUGAAUAUGACUAGCAGAAGCUUCUGAGUGAAGUUUGAAUUAUUAUAUGGAAGUCACUGUCUUGGAUUCCACAGAGGAUUUACAAUGGGAGGGAUUUCUCUGAACUCCUCAUAAUGUUCUGUGUGUAUUGUCUAUAUCUCUCAGUAGCAACAUUUCUGGCCCUUUUUGGUCUAUAGUGGAAAUAGGAAGCACGGAAGUCCCAUUUCAAUUACAGAAAUCCCUUCUGUCAGCAGAAAUUAGCACUGGAUCUAAGCCAUUAUGCCUAUCCUGAGAAUCAUAUUGUCUUUGCAGAGAUUGGUUCACAAUAUGAUAUAUUAUUUACCAGACAUAUGCAAACAUGUUGCUUGUGAAUUUAUUAAACUUAUUGCUUAAU